UUUUUAGUUCCACUUUGGAGUUGCAGACGUGCGCGUUACAAACUUGGCUAACAGCUAAAAGCAGAGACUGCAAGGAAGUUUUUUUGAGUGAACGAAAACGAGCGACGGAAACGAAAACGAAAACAAAAAAUGAAGUUGGCUAAGAAGUGCUCCACCUACUUGGUGAUAUGCCUGGUUUUGCUGGCCUGCUGCUUGGAGGAGACGGAGGCCACGCGACGCGUUAACCGCGGUCGACGCACCCUCACCCGCAGAUACUUCAAUGGCCUUGCCAUACCCGGCUGGGCCAUGAUCAUCUGUGUGGCCCUCGGCGAGCUGCUUGUGGGCGGAGCUCUGUACUUCAUCAUGAAGAAGCUGAUUCUGGACAAGGAACCCGACGAGACGGCCACCUCGUACACGCCGGCUGCCACCACCUACACCCCGGCCCAGACGCACGAGCCGGCCGCUGCCACGCCCAGCCCACCCCCAACGCAUGCCACGACCAUUGCCUGAAGAGUAGUGUCCCCAGCCACGGCCACAGCCGGAAGUAGUCCAUAGUCCACCCAUAGCUCUUAGUCAUUCAACCCAAUCCAAUUCAAUUCGAUUCAAUUCAAGCCAUAACCUAGCAUUAUUGUCAUCAAAUCUGCAUAAAGCCAGAGCACACAUUGUGCUGAGCCCUUUGAUUACCUUCAUUUUCGAAUAAGCAUUUGUUACAAAUAAAAGGCCAAUCAAAACUAGUUCAGAACCACCCAAAA